UCUAUCACGCCCAAACCUAUAAAGAGAAGAAAUUAAAGAUGUUUAGCAUUAAGGAAUUAGUUGAAUCGAAUUGUCUGAAGUCUGUUCCCUCCAACUACAUUUGCCUUAAAAACCCCGAAGAUUCCAUAUUGUAUUAUGAAGCUGAUAAUAUUCCAACCAUUGAUUUUUCCCAACUCACCUCUUCAAAUCUCAAUGAACGCUCCAAGGGAAUCCAACAACUAGGCAAUGCUUGUCGCGAUUGGGGUUUCUUCAAGCUAAUUAAUCACGGUGUGUCGGAGACACUAAUGGAUAAGAUGCUUAGGGCAAGCCAGAGGUUUUUUGACCUGAGUGAGGAAGAAAAAAGGGAGUACGCAGGAGGGAAGGUACUUGAUCCAAUAAGAUAUGGGACAAGCUUCAAUCUCAUGGUGGACAAGGCGCUUUUCUGGAGAGAUUAUCUCAAAUGUCAUGUUCACCCUCACUUUAAUGUUCCUUCCAAACCCCAUGGUUUUAGCGAAACUGUGGAUGAAUACAUCACAAAGAGCAGGGAAGUGGUUGGAGAGUUGCUAAAAGGAAUAUCUCUAAGCUUAGGGCUUGAAGAAAACUACAUACAUAAAAGGCUGAAUGUAGAGUUGGGCUCCCAGUUUCUUAUUCUCAACUUUUACCCACCUUGUCCUAAGCCUGAACUUGUAAUGGGCCUGCCUGCACACACAGACCAUGGGCUUCUGACCCUCUUGAUGGAAAAUGAGCUUGGAGGGCUUCAAAUUCAACAUAAGGGCAGGUGGAUUCCUGUCCAUGCCUUACCCAACUCCUUCCUUAUCAACACUGGGGAUCACUUGGAGAUACUGACCAAUGGGAAAUACAAGAGUGUUCUUCAUCGUGCAGUAGUGAAUACGAAAGCCACAAGAAUUUCUGUUGCUACAGCACACGGGGCCCCCCUUGACACCAGUGUGGGCCCUGCACCGGAGCUUGUUGGAGAUGAAAAUCCUGCUGCAUACCGUGCCAUCAAAUACAGAGAUUACAUACACUUUCAGCAAAGCAAUGAACUGGACAGAAGGUCCUGCUUGGAUCAUAUUCGGAUUUGAAAAUCAAAACUCCUUAGGUAGUACCAUCCAUGCAUUUCUUGUAAUAUCUCAAUUAUGCUUGUGUUUCAAUAUUUAAUUUUAAUUUUAAAGUUGAUGUGCUUGGAAUGUAAUUGAGACACGUAUAGUCGAAAAUGCAUUCACAAAUGUCUAGCUCUCUAGUCGAUAUAAUUGUCCUUUGUUUCACUGUGUAAUAUCUAGUUCUGUAGUUUAAGCAUAAGAACAAAGUUGGACCAGCAUUGUAUUUGCAAUUUGGGAAUGGUAAUUUAUAA